UAGUUCUCUAAUCGUCUUUUUAUAGAUUUUAGUCUUUUACCAAAUGAGAACCAGGAGUCAAAAUCAUGAUGAGCUUCAGUGGAUUCCAGUUCCAUCGUCUCUUUUACUUCAUCUCCGUUGCUCUCCUGAUACAACAACCAUCCACCAUCGCCGGAGAUUCAAUCCUCUCAAGAUUCCAACAGUACCUUCAAAUCGACACAGCUCACCCAUCACCCAACUACCACAAAGCCGCCGAUUUCAUUCUCUCCCAAGCUAAAUCCCUCUCCCUCGAAUCCCGCACCAUAGAAUUCGUCAAAAACAAGCCUUUAAUCCUUCUAAAAUGGACUGGCAAAAACCCCGAUCUCCCUUCCAUUCUCCUCAACUCCCACACCGAUGUUGUCCCCGUCGAACCCCACAAAUGGUCCCACCCUCCAUUCGAUGCUGCAAUCGAUCAUGAGAACGGAAACAUCUACGCUAGAGGCUCACAGGAUAUGAAGUGCGUCGGGUUGCAGUAUCUGGAAGCGAUUCGGAAGCUCAAGGAAUCGAAAUUCGAGCCAUUGAGGACAAUCUAUGUCGUGUUUGUUCCCGAUGAGGAAAUCGGUGGACACGAUGGGGCCGAGAAGUUUGCCAAUUCGGAAAUUUUUGAUGAGAUGAACGUUGGGAUUGUGUUGGAUGAAGGAUUGGCGUCACCGGAGGAUUAUUAUAGGCUGUUCUAUGCAGAGAGGUGUCCGAUGUGGUUGGUGAUAAAAGCUACCGGAGCUCCUGGGCAUGGGGCUAAGCUGUAUGAUAACACAGCGAUGGAGAAUUUGUUGAAGAGUAUCGAGAGUGUGAGGAGAUUCAGAGCAUCUCAGCUUGAUAUGGUGAAGGCUGGCCUCAAGGAGGAAGGCGAGGUUGUCUCUGUGAACAUGGUGUUUCUUAAAGCCGGAACCCCAUCUCCUACUGGUUUUGUGAUGAAUCUGCAGCCAUCGGAAGCACAUGCUGGUUUUGAUAUUCGGGUGCCACCAAUUGCUGAUCAGGCAUCGUUGGAGAGACGAAUUGCAGAAGAAUGGGCCCCAGCUUCACGUAACAUGACAUUUGAGUAUAAGCAGAAGGUUUCUGUGUAUGAUGCAAAUGGGAAGCCAAUUUUGACAGCCUAUGAUAGUUCAAAUCCAUGGUGGUCUCUAAUUGAAGAAGCUAUAGUUAAAGCCAAGGGCAAAAUUGGAAAACCAGAGAUAUUUCCAGCUUCAACCGAUGCUCGAUACUUCAGGAUGAAGGGUGUUCCUGCAAUUGGAUUUUCUCCCAUGGCAAACACUCCUAUCCUUCUUCAUGACCAUAAUGAGUUUUUGAACAAAGAAGAAUACUUGAAAGGGAUUGAGGUGUAUGAGUCGAUUCUCAAAGCUUUUGCAUCUUUUGUUGAGGGUAAAAAUGGGAAAGAUCCUUUGAGAGAUGAGCUAUAAAAGAUGGGUUGUUUGUGUUAGAAUUGUGUAAAAAAUCAGGCAUAAUUCUAUUUGGAAAAUAAACCAUGAUUCCUACUGUAUCUUUAAGAAACCUGGAAUGUUUGUAAUUUUAGCACCUUUAUUUUUGCAAUAAAAUCAUGGAGGA